CCUGCAGUCGGGCACAGCUGCAGGCGGCAGCUCAGCUGCUAGAGGCGGCGGAGGCGGGGGCGGCGGAGGCGAUGGAGAUGUCGCAGCAGCCGCCGCCGCAGCAGCAGCAGGUGCCCAUGUCGCAGGACCCCAUGGAGUUGUCGCAGCAGCCGCAGCCCAUGAGCCAGUCCACCAGCGUGGCGGCCGACGGGGGCGGCGGGAACGGAGGAGACGACAUGCUGCCCUCGUCCCAGCCGCCCUCAUCGCAGCAACCAGCGACCAUGCUGCUUCCAGAGUACGCCUCCUGGCCCGUGUUGAGGUUGCAAACGCUGGACGGGCCGAAAACCGCAUUCGUGGCGCCAUCCAUGGUCGACAAGGUUGUGCGCGAGCACGGACUGGCCGCUGCGGCACCCAAGCGGCGCGGCGCCACCACCACCAGUAGCAGCGGCGGCAGCGGCGGCGGCGCCGUCGAGUCUGGCGGCGCAAGCGGCGGCGGCGGGGACGACGAAGCCCGGUCGGCAGCACGGGGCAAGCAGGCGCGGGAGGGCGCGGGUGGCUGGGGCAGGCGGGGCUGCGGUUCCUCGGGUUAGAUGCGUGCACGGCGGAGGGCUUAGCAUGUGCAGGUGCCAUUGAGUGUGGAUGUGGGUCAGUGUUUGCGGAGAUGAGCUGACAUCGAUGCCGGUGAUUGGUAGCGGAAUGGGUGUACAGACAUGGCAGCAGCAUGGGCCUUACGAGGUGUCAGGAGACGUAUGAAGAUGAGGAGAUGGAGCCCGUAGUCUGGCACUGCUCUGGUCAAAGGGUAUUGCAACGAUGCAGACCUUCGUAUUUGAGGGAAGGCAGUUUGAGAAGGGAGCUCCGCCGUUAGCUAGCAAGGGUAGCAACAGACCACGUAUGUACGAGGCGCCGUACAGGAGAUUCCUGACGCUUGCCGUUGUGCUGCUUAUGUCGUAAUGAAGGAGCCAACAACCGCAUAAGCAAGAACGUCGUCAUGUGAUGAGAACUAAGAUCCGAACGCUGGGUCAACCAUGUGGGAAGUAUCCGUCGGAGUCCCCUUGGCCGCCGCAG